AUGCCGCCCAAGAUAAAGUUCGAGCUAAAGACCCCAAAGGGCACCAAGGAUUGGUUCGGCCCCGACAUGAUCAUCCGGGAGCAGAUCUUCUCCGUCAUGAGGAGUGUCUUCCAGCGCCAUGGUGCCAUGGAGCUGGACACGCCUACCUUCGAGCUGACCCCGAUCUUGACUGGCAAAUACGGCGAGGACAGCAAGCUGAUCUACCAGCUGGCUGAUCAGGGUGGAGAGGACUCUUCCCUCGUCUACGACUGCACAGUGCCCAUGGCGCGCUGGCUUGCGCAGAAUGCCAUUGAGAACGUCAAGAGAUACACCAUCAAGAAGGUCUACCGCCGCGACCAGCCCGCCAUGAACAAGGGCCGUCAGCGCGAGUUCUACCAGGCCGACAUCGACUUUGCCGGCGCCAACUACGACCCCAUGCUCCCCGACGCCGAGAUCAUCCGAAUCACCACCGAAGUCUUCUCUGCCCUUGGCUGGGCCGACACGUACACCAUCAACAUUAACCACCGCAAGAUACUCGACGGCAUGUUCCAGGUCUGCGGCGUCCCCGACGAGAAGAUCCGCGCGAUAUCCUCCGCCGUCGACAAGCUCGACAAGGCCCCCUGGGCCGACGUCAAGAAGGAGAUGACUGCCGAGAAGGGCCUUGACGAGGAAGUUGCCGACAAGAUUGGCGAGUGGGUUAUCCUCGAGGGCAAGCAGGAUGUCAUUGAGAAGCUGCGCGCAGACGAGAAGAUGGCCGCCAACGAGCUCAUCCAGCAGGGUCUCUCCGAUAUGGAGAUUCUCUUCGAGUACCUUGAGGUGUUUGGCUGCCUGGAUCGCGUCUCUUUCUCGCUCUCUCUAGCUCGUGGUCUGGAUUACUACACUGGUAUCAUCUACGAGGUCCGCGUGCCGGAAUCUGCCCCGCCUGUCGCACCUGCGGACGGUGAGGGUGGCGCGAAGAAGAAGAAGAGCAAGAGCAAGAACACCGAGGAUGCGUCUGAGAGCGUCGGUGUCGGCAGUGUGGCGGCCGGUGGCAGAUAUGACAACCUUGUCGGCAUGUUCUCUGGCAAGAAGCAAGUCCCUUGUGUCGGUAUCUCGUUCGGCAUUGAGCGUAUUUUCAGCUUGAUGAAGGCCAGGAUGGCGGCAGAGAAUGAGGCUGCCCCCAGCACUGUCGAUGUCUAUGUCAUGGCGCUUGGAUCCAAGGCCGGCCUGGUCAAGGAGCGCCUUCGCGUCAGUGCCCAGCUCUGGGAUGCUGGCGUCAAGACCGAGUUCCUGUACAAGGUGAAGCCUAAGCUGCCACCGCAAUUCAAGGCGGCCGAGUCCAACCAGGCGCCCUUUGCGGUCAUUCUCGGUGACGACGAGAUCGAGAAGGGCGUUGUCAAGAUCAAGGAGCUCGGCCUGCCCGAGGGCCACCCCCACAAGGAUGGCGAGCUGGUGGACAUGAAGAACUUGGUGCCCGAGGUGCAGAAGCGCCUGGCACGGAAGCGCGAGCUCGACGAGAUCUCCCGCAAGGCCGGAGGUCUCAAGGUCGUUGGUGGUCUGCGUGGGGAGGAUAUCGACAAGGCGGAAGCCAAGAAGGAGGAGCCCGCGGCCGAGGCUGCUGCUCCCGCGGCUGCUGCUGCUACCGAGGAAGUGAAGCCCGCGGAGGCGCAGUAG